GAGAAUGUACGUGUGAGAGAGCGUGCGGUCGUUCGCGUGCGUAUGUGCGUGUCUCCGCAGCAUCCGGGCCGUGUGUGAACGCGUUACGAGUGACGACGACGAACGCGGAACGAGCGCAAGUGGACCGCGGAUCCCGCCGACAAAGGUUCGUCGAUAGUUUUGCCGCCACCGAUCGGCCGUUGGGCGCACCGUUCUUCCCGUACAUUUUGCUCAAGGCCCGUCCGCUGCCGCCCCGCGUACGGCUCGGGACCGUGUGUGCCGCGGACCCGUCGGUGUCGGUCCGAUUGCCGAGCAGCAGCUGCACCACCGCGUCACGGCACACGCAUGUACGCGCGCUACACACCCGUACACCGCCGUCACUGGCCGUUAAAGUCUCUCGAUUGACGCGCUGCCCCGUCGACCUUCCGCCGCCGCCGCUGCCGCCGCGCCGAAACAUGAUCACUCGACCCAUCGUCCCAUGGCCCAGUAUGAGUUCCUGCCGCUGUGCGACGUGCUCUUCAACAUCAUCUCGCUGGCCGCUUACUUCUGCGACAUCGUGUUCGACGUGGUCAUGGGCUACGCGCUCUACUCGUACGGCCGCUACGUGCCGUUCGGUCUCACCAUGCUGUUCGUAGGCGCGUCGGCCACCGUCGAGCAAACCAUGUCGCUGCGCUGGUACCUGGCCGCGCGCACCGUCGGCGACAAGUCCACGCUGUCCGACCGGCUGAAACGCUCGGCCGUGCAAGGGUUACACUUCGUCCAGCUCGGCGUCCUCUGGAGAUACUUCAAACUUUUCCUGCCCGUCGAUCUCAGGUACGUCAAGUUCGAGGUGCGCGACUUGUGCAUGCUGCGCUUGUUGCACGCUUUCUGUGAGUCCAUGCCACUGCUACUGCUGCAGUCCUAUCUGCUGUGGACAGAUGAAGGUGCUUGGAAACACUUGCGAGAUCUGAACAAAGUAGCCAUUACCUUGUCCACCGUUAGCGUGUGUUGGGCCCUUGCCUCUUUUGGCAAGAACGUGCGCAUGCAAAACGUCCACAGACUAGUCCUCACUUGGCUUGGUGUCAUAUUUCAGUUCCUUUGGCGCUUGGGCACUGUUGGAGCCAGGGUUAUUUCAUUGACUGCCUAUGCAGCUAUGUACAAAUAUUGGGUACUUUUAGUACUUGGCUUGCAUUGGUUAUCGAUGCUACUAUGGUUGCAUUCACCUAAAAAUGUGUUUCAUGGAGAACGAAUGUCACCUAAACGUAAGGCGUUCUUGUUUGCUCUUCUAGCCUUUGUAUUCACUUUUGAAUAUGUGAACCUAUUAGAAAAUAACCAUAGAGAAAAAAUGUUAAUGUUUUAUGUAGUGAUGGCAUUAGAAAACGCUCUCCUUAUGUUUGUGUGGAGCUUGGGUAGUGGUGAUGCAAUUAAACCAUUUGUUGUAUUUGGACUAUUUUGUUGCGGUCUUGUGUUCAUGGCAAUUUACUACCAAUUUUUUCAUGUAAGAAGAUUAAAAUAUGAAUCUGGCGGUAGAUUGAGUACUACAAAUAGUAACAAUUCAACAGCAAAAUUAGCGUUGGAAGCCAAGUAUAAAGAUCAACUAAAUGUGCCCAAUGGCAAAGCUGACCUUAUAAGAAGGCAUAGCUUCAGCAGUGUAUAUGAGAACAUACCACCAGGAGGUUUCCACAAUCAACCUAUUUCUAGUGAACCACCACCAACCCUACAAAGAAACCAGAGGUAUUAUAGUGCAUUGCCCGCUAGCGUACAUAACGGUAUACCUGGUGUUUUCAAUUGUCGUUUCACAAAUCCAUAUGUGGCAGCAAUGCAAAAACGUAAAAAAAAAAAGCCUACCACAUUUGUACCUCCACCAUCUGGUACAAAUGGCAGAGACAGUGUUGCAUUUUGGUGUAAACCGCCCCCUUCAAUCCAUAGUCAACAAGGUUCUAGUGAAAACGAAAGUGUUGGUUCUCAUGUUGAUAUUAGACAGAAGUUGCAGGAAAAGAGACAAAAUCAACUUGCUGAACUUAGAGCAAUUGAAGAGGAAAUUAGACAAGGUAAACUAAAGAGACCAACUGAGAAUGGAGAAGUACUAUUAUCUCCUCAAGGAUACCUACAACAACAGAACUGGAUAGCCCCACCUUAUAGCCCACAAGAUAACAAUGCUCAAUCAAAUGACCAAGUGCUCACAUUAAUGUACAAGUCAUACAAAUCGCCAUCUGAUUUAGAUUCUCAAAUAUCACUACCACGUUCAUACACAUUGCCCAGAGAAUUUAAAUUCUAUAGAAAAGUUAGGCCUAGAAGAACAGUUCGAUCUGAUCAUAUUGUUGCUUCUACUAACUCUAGUGAUGGAGAUGUAGACUCAGGUGAUGAUGAAUCUGACACAUCACAGCCUAAGUUAUCACCUCGGCCCUUACGACUGCCUGAUCGUAAUGCUCUUACCAUUCGACACGAAACCAAACUAUAAAUCUUCAGAAUAAAAAAUUAAGUAAAUUAUUGUUUUUAUCUUUUAUAUUAUUAAACUAAGACAUAUAUUACUUUUAUAAA